AUGUCUGGUGUGUGGGUGUUCAACAAGAACGGAGUGAUGAGGCUGGUGGAGAAUCCUUACAACCAGUCCGCCGGAGAUUCGUCUGAAUCUUCCUCCUCCGGUGGUAGCCAGCAACAGAGAAUGAGGAGGAAGAUCCUUCUCCAUCUUCCAACCAACGAGGUUGUCUCCUCGUACGGAUCACUUGAGAAGAUCUUGAAAGGUCUUGGGUGGGAGAGGUACUACAGUGACGCCGAUCAUCUUCUCCAGUUCCACAAGAGAACAUCGAUCGAUCUCAUAUCUCUCCCUCGUGACUUCUCAAAGUUCAACUCUAUUCAUAUGUAUGAUAUUGUCGUCAAGAACCCUAACGUCUUCCAUGUUCGAGACAUGUAG